CGUUGAUGCGGAGGGUUUCAAAACAAACCGUUUCGAGCGUUUUGAUGAAAUUCGUCGCCGUCGACAUUUCGAGUGGGAAAUAUUAAACUGCUUCUGGUUUUCACGUAGCCUUUGAAAUUACAGUUGCUUCCAUUUUUAAUAACAUUACCUUGACAUAAACGUAAUUGUCAUUUCUGUAAUUUUUUAACGUUUUGGAAAAUUACUAACAAAGUGCUAAAAAUUAUAUAGCUCUGAUGCGUUAUUUAAAAGUGCAAAUUUGAAAACCGUUAACUGGGCUAUGAUUAAUUUCGUUUAUGCCGAUGCAUUUGACAUUUCUGGUUCGAAAAAAGUAAUCGCGUGCUUAAGUAGCCUGCACAAUAUUUGUGAAUGAAAGCGGGACAGAUCUAAAUGUUAGCGAGUGAGCGUGGGGCGCACACCAAUAACGACCCCUGCCUCGACGUGACCGAAUCACAGUCUCAUUCAAAAUAUCCGCAAAGUGGAGAGAGUGUCAGAGCGGAAGAAAUAUGAAUAGAGGACUCUAAACAACAACAACAACAACAACAUUAUCUUGGACCGUCGUGACACACGCGGGCAUCACAGUGCUCCUGAAUGAGAAACCCUGCAGUGGGGAGAAUUCAUCCACUUCCACCCAAAAGGUCGUAUUUUCUCCCGUGGUGUCUGUGUGGAGCGUACCACACACCCACUCCACAACAACGACGGCUUUUGCUUGCAUCUUCCAGUGUUUCUUCUGUCAGCAAGUUCAGCAGAGCUGCAACUCGUCCAGCGCCAGCCCGGAGGAACCAAGUGAGGAGAACCACGACUGUGAGAUGGUAAAAAUGACAAAGUCCAAAACCUUCCAGGCUUACCUGCCCAACUGUCACCGAACCUACAGCUGUAUCCACUGCCGGGCACAUCUCGCCAAUCACGAUGAGCUCAUCUCAAAGUCAUUCCAAGGCAGUCAGGGACGAGCCUACCUCUUUAAUUCAGUUGUGAAUGUUGGUUGUGGUCCAGCAGAGGAGAGGGUUCUUCUAACAGGUUUACAUGCUGUGGCGGACAUCUACUGUGAAAAUUGUAAAACCACUCUGGGCUGGAAAUAUGAGCAUGCAUUUGAGAGCAGUCAGAAAUAUAAAGAAGGCAAGUUCAUCAUCGAGCUGGCGCAUAUGAUCAAGGAUAAUGGCUGGGAGUGACCUUCACCUACUUCCUCUGUGCUUGGUGACCUUCAUGCUGCUCUGUCGUGGACUUUGCCGAGUGACACCACACUUGUACACGUACACAAAUGAAAAAUGCACAGACACGCACGCACACACAUCGCCGUCUACCUUGACACAAGCAGACAUCUCUAUCGGCUCAUCACAAAAACUCAAAGGCAGAGUUGAUGGAACGUGAAUAAAGACAUCUACGGUCACUGAUAGACUCUCCGGGACCUUUCCCGAGAUGUACAUGACACACUUUGGGAUUCAAACCUACUCCCUACUGGUUUCAGUGUGCUCGGCCCUUGUGUAACCGCUCCUGUAAGCUGUUAACAGAUGCCACUGUCUCACUUUUUUCUUGUCUUUUUUUACACUUUCCUCUCUUUGUGAAUAAGCAGGAGAUGACGAGGGAGUGCGUUUCAUUGUGUAUACUUUCCUUUUUGUUGGGAGUCUUCAAAUCCUUUUUGGUGGGACUGAUGUUACAGGUUAGCAUUUUCUCCUCCGAGUCAGGCCUGUUUUGAUUGUGCUCUUUCCUUUUCAUGUUGGGAUAGCAACGGACACAGAUUGACCUGCGUGUUAUAAGAGUUGGGGUUUGUUAAGGGGUUAGGCUAUGUAGCAGUAAAUCCCGGGAGGGUUUUGGGUGGGGAUUCAGCAUUGCAGUUGUAUGACAUUUUGUAUUUAUGGCGAUCCAUUUUUUUUAUUGUAUUUUAAUGGUUUUUUUCUUCUUCCUUGGAUGACUUCACUGUGCAAUUUUGAGACACUCUGGUACAGCAGUAGCGUCUAAACCCCUACAUGAGCUUUAGUUUGUCGUUUGGUGCUUUUUGGUGAAAUUACACAAACAUACGUCUAUUAGCAUUGAGUUGACAUUUGUGGCAGGUUCCAUUUUUGCAACCGUACUAAAGGUGAAAGAUUUUGCUGUGUCCUCAGAGCAAUGUUUGUGUUAUGUCCCCCCCUUCACGCCAAAUAAUGAUGACAAGAUUUUACAAAACUAUUAUUGAUGUUAUAACAAUCAUGUGUACGUUCAUUGAUAUGUGUAAUUUAUGUGUUAAACCACACUUGAACAUGCACAUGCAUGUUAGCUCUGUGUGUUUUUACGCAUUAUGUUUAUGGCAUACUUGAAUGCAGUUACUUUGUUUGCACUUUGUAGAGGCCUUGUUCAUGUGUUUAGAGGCAAAAGUCUGUCCAUUUUAUGGCCUUUUCCAUUGAUAAUUCAGUGAUUGUAUUAGAUGCUUUAAAUGAAUUUGCGGGGUUGGUUGAUUGCUGGCUUGAUCACCUCCCUCUAGUCUAAAAAAAACAUCUAUUGCUUUCUAUCGCAAACGUUUGGGCAAACCUGUUCCUUAACACAUUAGAAAAUUCAUUCGAUUUGAUUCAAGCAUCAAAUUACAGUAAAACAAAAAACACCUUUCAAAGAGUUAUCUUUGAAUUACUGUUACAUAAUUCUUUUGCUGCUAAUAGAGUAAAUGCAAUCCCAAGCUUUCACCUUAAACAUCUGCACUUUACCAGACUUUUUAUUUUGUUAUUUUUUUUUUUUUUAGCUUUUCUCUCCACAACUUUGCCUCUAAGCAGCAUGAAUCUUGUGCCUCUUCAAACGAAAAAAGAAAUCCCUCUCCUCUGUUGUGCGGCGCAUGACUCUGAGAAAACCCAGUGCAUCUGAAGCUCUGCUGGAGCUUCAAAAUGAUCUAGAAAACAACAUGACCAUAGGAGAACUUGGAAAGGAACCUCACAGAAUCUCUAUCACUUGAAAUUUUAUAAAGAAGCAUAAUAUUAUCCAGUAUUUUUCAUAGUUAGAGAUGUUAUGAAACAGUGGUGUAUAAAGGGGGGCGGGCCGUUAGUGUUGGAGGGGGCUGAGCUUGCUUCCUGUAGAUGUAAAAGAGAGGCAUAUACGUACAUAUUAUCAAAUCAUAUUGAUAAAUAUUAAGGUUUUGUUGUUUUUAAGGGCGGGUGGGAUGGUGGGCAAUAGUAGAUUGAGUGGCAAACCCUCCGCGUUCAUAAUAACAAGGUCAGUACGGUCACGUGACCUUUUAAAUCAAAGACAAUGCAAACAAAAUCGUUGUAGAAAUAUCUUACUUGAAAGAAGAUAAACCGUUACAGACAAUACAUUGUCCCUGCCACACCGUUUUGUACAUAAGUAACAUAUUUAAGGUUUUAUACAUAUUUCUACUGGGUUAGAUUCUCUACUCCCGACUUGAAGCACUUUUGUUCACAGUACCUCUGGCUUUAUAUAUGUGUGUGUGUGUGUGUGUGUGUGUGUGUGAAUGAGAUGAGUGUGUAUGUGGAUGCAUGCGUUCACUUAUUUCCUCUGUUUAUUUGUAGCUGUUUUGCCAUGGUUAACUAGUUCCUCUGCGUUCUCUUUCCUUUUCAAUGUUUUUUUUUUUUUUUUGUGUCUCACAGAGUUUUGGAUGUGUGCUCUCUUAGCUUGAUGAUAAAAACAAGCUUUGUAUUUUUUUUUCUUUUAUUAUUAAAGUUGAUUUUCAUCCUUUAAUAGUUUUCUGUAAUAGCAGAAUGUCUGCUGGUCGUGCUUUAGCAUCAUGGUCAGUGGUGAGCUGGAUUCACCUGCCGAUAUUUCAAAAUAGAAACAUCGACCCAGACCAUUUUACAAAAAACAAGCUUUCCCUAAGACUCUCAGACAAAGACCAAGGCCAGUGUCAUUCCCGGUGUGCACCAAAAAACUACAUUGCUCAGUUACUUGGUCCAACCAAAAAGCAAGUUUGUGGCCAAGUGGAAAUAUUUUCUCCUUUUGUGUUUCUUUUUUUAUUGGCUGUUGAAAGAUUGUUUACUUCCCUUUUUUGCUGUUUCUUUUGGUGACACUGUAAUUCAAAAGACAUCUAGGGACAUUGGUAUGCAAAGGAAACGAUUGUAAGUUUGCGGAGUUAUUUUCUUAGGAUUGUUCAAAUAUAAGGUCUAAAGCAUGUUGUAAUUAUAAAGUCGUGCCUGGUUUUCUUUUUUUCAUCAAAGCAAAAAAGAAAAAAAAAAGCUUUUUGUUUUUCUUCUCUUGAUUACGUUGCUUUGCAUUCAGUCCUAGUAAAGAAAAGUCUGUUUUGUCUUUUUUCACUGUAUUGUAAACUAUCAGAUAUCACAAUAAAGCU